AUGGCCAGCAAAACCAAGGAGAGUGAGGCCCUGACUUUGGACAAUUUGGAGACUGCGCUGGCCAAGGAUACAAAGAUCAAGCUCGCAGGCAUUGACAUCGAUGGCACGCGCCCACUCGUCUGUUCCGGAAUCCUGCGAGGAAAACUCGUCUCCAAGAAGAAGUUUCUCUCGGUGGCCAAAGAUGGUUUCGGCUUCUGCAGCGUCGUCUUCGGCUGGGACAUGCACGAUUUGACCUAUUUCCGCGAGCUCAAGAUCAGCAAUAAAGAGAAUGGAUACAAGGACUUGACAGCAAAGAUAGACUUGGCCAGUUACAGGCGCAUACCAUGGGAGGACAAUGUCCCUUUCUUCCUCGUCAGCUUCUAUGAUCCAGAUACUGGCAAGCCCAUCUGUGCCUGUCCCAGAAGCCUGCUGCGAACAGUCGUCGGGAAGCUGCAUAAAGCCGGCUAUGGAGCAAUGGCCGGUGCAGAAUACGAGUUCUUCACAUUCCGAGCCCCUCGAGACGAGUCGAUACAGUCGGGCCAUACUUCGUCGGCCACGACAGCCCCUUUCCUUCAGAGCAAUCCUGUUCACGCCCUGCCUCAUCUGACCCAGGGAAUGUUCGGCUACUCCCUAACUGAUCCAAUCCACAAUCAAGACUGGUUCUACAGCGUCUUUGAGAUAUGCGAGAAAUUCAAGUGUAAUGUCGAAGGCUGGCAUACUGAAUCUGGGCCUGGUGUCUUCGAGGCGGCUCUGGAGUACGUCGAGGUCGCUGAAAUGGCUGACAGAGCGAGUUUAUUCAAGUAUGUGGUCAAAGCCAUGGGGAGUAAGCAUGGCAUCACUCCAACAUUCAUGGCCAAACCCAAGGAAGGCCUCCCUGGCAACAGCGGCCACAUCCACUGCUCGAUUGUUGAUAAGUCAGGCAAAAAUCUAUUCUACAGAGGCGAAAAGGACCCCAACCCGCCUUACAAAGAUCUUGAGUACGUGUCAGAUCUUGGCCGGCAAUUCCUUGCAGGCCUUUUGGACGGUCUCGCGGAUGUCAUGCCGAUUAUCGCGCCCACGGUCAAUUCCUACAAACGGCUGGUCGAGAACUUCUGGGCCCCGGUCACCGUCUCCUGGGGUUGGGAACAUCGGGCUGCCUCAAUUCGGCUGAUUUCUCCUCCAACCGCGUCACCCAAGUCGACUAGGUUGGAGAUACGAGUCUGUGGAGCGGAUGCAAAUCCAUCUCUGGUCCUUGCCACCAUUGUCGCCCUUGGAUGGAGAGGCAUUGAGAAGAAACUGGAGAUCGAUUUACCUCCACUUGGAAAAGGUGAGGAAGUCGGGAGUUUGACUGACAAAGGAGAACCAUUGCCCAAGAAUCUCAAAGACAGCACUGCACGAUUCAUGGCCCAACAUAGCGUUGCCCGCGAAAUCUUUGGAGAUGAGUUUGUCGAGCAUUACGGGGGCACGAGAGAACAUGAGUGUCGAUUGUGGGAUGAAGCAGUCACUGACUGGGAGGUAAGAAGGUAUAUCGAGACUGUAUAA